CCAGCCAAUGCCCUGACCUUGUCCUGGACCCUCCUGAGCUGGUGGUGCGAUAUGGAGAUCCUGUCUCAGUGAGCUGCCGUUCCCUGUCUGAAUACACUGACCUGGGCUGGGAUGUUUCACUGGGAAGUGUUUCAUUGCUUGAUAAUAAGACUAUCAUCUGGAAAACAGACCAUCUGACUGACUGGGAAAUAGUGCCAGUGUGCUACAUGAUCCUGAAUGGUGUACAAUGCAGGAGGACUCUCCCCCUCACCGUGUACAAGCUUCCAGACGAGGUGUCUUUCAGCAUCGUGAAUCAUGUAGGACCGAUGAUUGAAGGCAAAAAGUAUGAGCUCCAGUGUAAGGUUUAUAAUUUUGCUCCUGUGAACGUCCUCGCUGCUUUCUGGUACAAAGGGGAAAAGUUAUUAAAAAAUAGAGGAUUUGCAGAAUUGCCCACCAAAACUCCUAGUAAUCGGACGGUUUCACAUAAGAUCACUGCUGGCAGAGAUGAAGGUGAAGCUCAGUACUGGUGUGAGGCAAAGCUGAAACUGGGACCAGCAGGACCUCAGCCUUCUCCUACGAUCAAAUCUAAUCUUCUUAAAGUUGCAGUUCACUACAAACCUGUAAUUAAACCUUGUUCAGAUUGGUCCCCUAUGAUACACACCCCCUUGAGCUCUUUUCCUUAUAAUGUUACGGGAAACCCAACUCCACACAUCACCUGGCAUCAAGACAAAUCACCGGUCAGCUCUGAUAUGAUUCUCAGCGGGAAUGACUCGGGCACGUAUGAAUUACUUGCGAACAACAACAUGGGAAGAGCAUCCUGUGUCAUAAAGAUCACAGUGGAGUAUGCUCCUACAUUUAGGUGUCCUGCUAUCUAUGAGGGGCAAGAGCAUGACUCCUUCUUAGAUAAAUGUUCAGUUAUGGCUUCUCCUGUAGCAAACAUCAGCUGGGAAAAAGAUGGAAAAACGGUGAACCCUCUUUAUAAUCUCACAAGGGAAGACAGCGGCACCCAUGUGAUUACGGCUGUGAACAAGCAUGGAGUUGAAAAGCACAGUCUGACUGUUAAUGUUCUGUACGGCCCAGAGAUUAAGCCAGACUAUUCAUCACAUGUGAUGCAGAAAGGUGAAGCUGUGUCUCUGAGCUGCACUGCAGGGGGAAAUCCAGAACCUGAAGUGACAUGGAGCUUUCAGAGUCAAACUAAAGCCACUGGGAGGCGGCAAACCACACUGGCAAUUUCUGAAGCCACAUUUGCUGAUGAUGGUGUAUAUACAUGCACUGCUAUGAAUGACCUUGGGUAUGACAGAAGGACAGUCACAGUGCAUGUAGAAGGUGAUUGUCCUGUUAAAAUUUUGCCUGUUAAAUUAGUAAGGGAGUUUGGUGCUUCAGCCUCAGCUAACUGUUUCACAACCAUCAUCCACCAUGGCAUGGGAUGGGAGGCAUCACAGGGAGCAGUGGACAUGGUGGAAAACGUUCAGCUCAUCACCUGGAGGGUGGACAAUCUCACGCACUACGACAUAAAACCAUAUUGCUUCAUGAAUAUGAAAACGCAGUGUUCAAACAACCUUCCAGUUAUUGUUUACAAGCGUCCAGACCGGGUGUCUAUCAGCACCGUGGAUCACACAGGGCCAAUGAUUGAAGGUGGACAAUACGAGCUCCGGUGUGAUGUUCAGAAUGUUGCUCCUGUUCGUCUCCUCACUGUAAACUGGUACAAAGGACACCAUCUUGUGGAAAGAGAAAGCGUUUCUGGUGAAGACAAAUUUCCUGUUAAUGUAAAUGUGACACUUCAGAUCUCACCGAGCAAAGAUGAUGAUGGAGUUCAGUACAGAUGUGUGGCAGAACUGAACCUGGGACCAGAAGGACCGCAACAUCCUCCUAUAGUGACAUCAGAUCCUCUAAACAUCACAGUACACUGUGAGUGCUACAUAGAGUUUUAGGC